GAAACUUUUAUGUGCUUGGAUCGUGUUUUUGUUGUUUCUGCCUUUCGCUCUCCUAUCGGCUCUUUUAAUGGAUUAUUAUCAAGCUGUGGUCCAGUACAGUUGAGUGAGGCUGUUAUAUCAUAUGCACUAAAAGAAUGUGAAUGCGAUCCAAAAGAUGUGGAUGAAUUAAUAAUGGGGCAUGUUCUGACUGCCGGUAUAUUUUUGUUAAUGAUUACUUGUAGGCUUGGGUCAAAACCCAACACGACAAUUAUCACUUAAGAUAGGAAUUCCAAACACAUCUCCCGCGUAUAGUGUUAACAUGUUGUGUGGAUCUGGGCUACAAGCCAUUAUUCUUGGAUUCAAAUCGAUCAAAUAUGAUCAGAUGAAUGUGGUUGUCGCAGGUGGAAUGGAAAGUAUGUCAAAUGCCCCACAUACUUCCAAUCUCAGAAAGUCUGUCAAAUUUGGUUCUGUUGAGUUUACAGACACUGUACUGAAUGAUGGGCUCAUGUGUGCCAUGAGUAAAGUUCACAUGGGUGUCACUGCUGAGCAUGUAGCUAAGAUUGCCAACAUAACACGGGUAGAGCAGGACGAAUUUGCUUUUAAUUCUCAACAAAAAUGUGGAAAUGCUAUGAAAAUGGGGUUUUUUAAUUCUGAGAUUGUUCCUAUUACAAUAUCUGUCAGUCGAUCUGAAAAUAAAAUGAUAACACAAGAUGAAUUUCCCAAGCCUAAUACAACAAUUGAAGCUUUGGGGGCGUUAAAGCCCUGUUUCGUCAGAGAUGGGAGCGGAACGGUGACCCCGGGGAAUGCCUCUGGAAUAAAUGAUGGAUCUGCAGCCGUCGUUUUAAUGAAUCAUAAGCAAGUUGAACGAAGAGGUUUAAAGCCUAUUGCCGAGAUUAUUUCAUAUGCAUCUGUCGGUUUGGAGCCAAUGGAAAUGGGUUUAGGCCCUGUCCCUGCUGUUAGGAUGGCGGUUUGUAGUUGGAAUUUUGAUUAUUUAGCUGAGUAA